AACCUGAGGACACUCAGAGAGAGAGAGAGAGAGAGAGAGAGAGAGAGAGAGAGAGAGAGAGAGAGAGAGAGAGAGAGAGAGAGAAACCAGUCAGAGAGAGUGAGAGAGCCUCACACAGACCGUGCUGACUUUGUAGUUGCCGACAGACACCUGACAGUUUGCAGAUGCCGACAGAUGUGCCUCCAGAACAGCUCAGUCACAAAGAGAAUGUGAUCCAGUGUGACAGCAUGACUCUGCCCAGCACUCCCACUGUCCGCAGAGGAAGUACUCCCCUGCCAGUAAAGCACCAGCUCAGACGGGAAGAAGCCGUCCACGAUGACUGUGAGUGGACGUAUGAGGCAGCGGGACCUUCGGCCUCUUCGCUCACGUUCAGCAUCGCUUUGGACGACGCUCCCGUUGUGGCCGUGGAGGGCAGACAAGAGGGGCCGCUGAGGAUCGCCCUGCUGGGCCAGAAUGGCGUGGGGAAGUCCUCGCUGGCUCUGGCCUUUGCCGGGGACAUGGACAGGACUGCGUCUGUUGACUCUGACGGGGAGGGUUAUAUUCGCACAGUCACUGUGGACGAUGAGGACAGCGCCGUCAUUAUCUAUGACAACUGGAGACAG